UAUCCAGCUUUGGUUGCUGUUGACAGCCAUUUUGUCAUCAUGAGGAAAGCUGUAUUGAAGGCAGAACUCACAUAUGAGGGGCAGCAGAGAAGACCACAGGAAAUGGAAAUGGACAUCCUGUGUCUGCAAGUCAACACACCAGGAUGAAGCUAGGAAGCUUUUGGCUGCAUCUGGCCCUGCUGGGGGCCUCCAUGCCGGCCACACUGGGGCGAUGGAAUCCAAGCAGACACAGAGGCCUGAGCAUGGGUGUGGAGGAGCCACGGACAGCAGAGGAAUCCAGGAGCUCUGAAGUCACAAGAAACAAAGGGCUUUCCAGCCAUGGUGGGCUGCUGGCCUCCUGUGGGAAGAAGUUCUGCGGCCGCGGGAGCCAGUGCGUGUUCAGCCAGGCCACGGGAGAGGCUGAGUGCCGCUGCCUGGAGGCGUGCAGGCCCAGCUACCUGCCAGUGUGCGGCUCCGAUGGCCGGUUUUAUGAGAACCACUGUGAGCUGCACCGUGCCGCCUGCCUGCUGGGGAAGAGGCUGUCCAUCACCCACAGCAAGAGCUGCUUCCUCCAAGGCGACACAUGCACCAUGGCCAGCUAUGCCCAUCUGAAGGACAUGCUCUUGGCGCUUCAGACCCGCCGGUGGCCACUGCACAGAGAAGACAGCAGCCAUGACCCUGCCAACCAGAGACGCUUGCUGGUGGAGUCUCUGUUCCAGGACCUGGACACAGAUAACAAUGGUCACCUCAGCAGCUCUGAACUGGCUGAGCAUGUGCUGAAGGAACAGGACCUGGACGGGGACCUGCUGGGCUGCUCACCUGGCGACCUGCUCCGAUUCGAGGACUACAACAGCGAUGGCUUCCUGACCCUGCACGAGUUCUCAGCAGCCUUCCAUGUGGUACAACUCAGCCUCGCACCAGAGGACAGGGUGAGCGUGACCACGGUGACCGUGGGGCUGAGCAUAAUGCUCACCUGCGCCAUCCGCGGAGCCCUGAGGCCACCAAUUGUCUGGAAGCGCAAUGGGCUCACCUUGAACUUCCUGGACUUGGAAGACAUCAACGACUUUGGCGAGGAAAACUCCCUGUACAUCUCCAAAGUGACCACCGUCCACAUGGGCAACUACACCUGCCACGCCACCGGCCACGAGGAGCUGUUCCAGACCCACGUCCUGCAGGUGAAUGUGCCACCGGUCAUCCGCGUCUAUCCUGAGACCCAGGCCCAGGAGCCUGGGGUGGCUGCCAGCCUGCGAUGCCACGCCGAGGGCAUUCCCAUGCCCGGGAUCACCUGGCUGAAGAAUGGCAUGAAUGUCUCAGCGCAACUGUCCAAGCAGCUUUCCCUUUUAGCCAAUGGGAGUGAGCUCCAUAUUGGCAGUGUCCGGUACGAAGACACAGGGGCAUACACCUGCAUCGCCAGAAACAAGGUGGGCGUGGACGAAGACAUCUCCUCACUCUUCAUUGAAGACUCAGCAAGAAAGACCCUUGCCAACAUUCUGUGGCGAGAGGAAGGCCUCAGCGUGGGAAACAUGUUCUAUGUCUUCUCGGACAACGGCAUCAUCGCUCUCCACCCUGUGGACUGUGAGAUCCAGCGGCACCUCAAACCCACGGAGAAGAUUUUGAUGAACUUGGAAGACAUCUGUCCACAGACCGAAACAGAAGGCAGCCCACCCUGCCAGUGGGCAUCCGCCGUCAAUGUCAGGGACCGGUACAUCUAUGCGGCCCAACCAGCACUGGCCAGAGUCCUCGUGGUCGACGUCCAGGCCCAGAAGGUCCUACAGUCCAUAGGUGUGGACCCUCUGCCAGCUAAUCUGUUGUACGACAAGUCCCACGACCAGGUGUGGGUCCUGAGCUGGGGGGACACGCACAAGUCCCGGCCAAGCCUCCAGGUGAUCACAGAAGCCAGCACCGGCCGGGGCCAGCACCUGAUCCGCACACCCUUCGCGGGGGUGGAGGAUUUCUUCAUCCCCCCCACCAACCUCAUCAUCAACCAUGUCAGGUUUGGCUUCAUCUUCAAUAGCUCUGAGCCCGCUGUGCACAAAGUGGACCUGGAGACACUGGCCCUCCUUGGUACCAUCAGCCUGCGACGCCACGGCUGCAUACCCCGCGCUAUGGCACACACCCACCUGGGCGGCUACUUCUUCGUUCAGUGCCACCGCCACGGCCCUGCCCCUGCCCAGCUGCUCAUCGACAGCGUCACGGACUCAGUGGUCGGCCCCAACGGUGCCAUCACGGGAGUCCCGCACACAUCCCCGGACGGGCGUUUCGUGGUCAGCGCUGCCGCCGACAGCCCACAGCUGCAUGUGCAGGAGGUCACAGCGCGCGGGGAAAUCCAGACGCUGUACCAGCUGACGGUAGGCCCGGGCGUGGCCGACGUGGCCUUCCAGCGCUCCUUCACCGAAGCUGGUCGGUACGACGUGUACGCCACGCUGGCCAUGCGGCCACACCUGAUGUUCCUGCAGCUAGCCACCGGCAAGCGGGCCCUGCUCAGGAACCUGAAGGAGCCGCCUGUGGGCCCAGCCCAGCCCUGGGCGGCACCCCAGCGACCAGUAAGGGACAGUGGGCUGUUCGGGCAAUACCUGCUUACCCCUGCCCAAGAGUCCUUGUUUCUGGUCAAUGCGAGGCAGAACUCACUGCGCUGUGAGGUGUCGGGCAUAAGGGGUGGGAGCACGGUGGUGUGGGUGGGUGAGGUGUGAGCGCACCACGACCGAGCACCGCCUGGCCCCGAUGCCACAGCCCCAAGCAGGUCCGCUGUACAUUUUCACAGACAAAAGCAAAAAUCUGUAUUCGCUUUGUGGUUCAACACUGGCCCCCCUUGCAAGUUUCCUAGUGUAAGGUAUGUGCUGCUGCCACGACGGAGGAUUUUUCGUUAGGAAGUCUGACUUGCACCAUGAGCUUUGACGAGCACACAUCACUGUGUGCGGAAGCACCUCGGUACCAGCUGCACGCCCUGAGCCCGGAGCUGCACCCCCUGGAGCCCUGGAGCCCUGGUGCACCCCGUCGGGUGCCUUCACGUUGCCAUUGUCCGCCGCCACUUCCCUGGAGGGGCCCGGUCACAGCAGGAACAGGGCCUGGCCCUCCCCCAGGACCGCACUUCCUCUGCCGCAGCUGCUUGCUUCUCUUUGCGUGUGGCUUGUCGUCAGCCCCGGGGGAGAGCCAACAGGCCUUCCAGCGACUUGGGGAUUGGGGAAAUCACAUGCUUUAUUUUGGAAGUUUUUGAUUACAAGAUGAUUUUUUAUAAUCGCGAAUGCAACUAAGCAGGAAGAGGCAGCCCAAGGACUUGGGCCCUGACUUGGGCUUGGAGAGGGGUCCCCCAAUA